AUGCGUCAGCCAUAUGAGAACCAGCUUAUUCGUCGGCUCGGUUCGGCCCCCUUUGACAAAUUUCCCUCUCAUAAGACACCUGAUCUUUCCGUUCCGGUUAGAGAGAGAGGAAGGGCAGAACUGAAAACACUGCACCAGAACGCUGCAAAUUCUGUGAGCACUACCCCCUUUACGUCUCCCGGCGAAGCCUCUCCCUUUGUCCCAAAGAGUCGCAGGCGGCUUUCCCGUCCUGGUGACGAUGUGGCCUCCAUCGCCGCCGCCGCCGUGAACGCCAUCCUCUUCCCUCAGUUCUGCUCCACCUCCCCCUCUUCCCUCACCAUCUGGCGGAGGUCGCUGCUGUUCCACGGCAAGGGCUACACCGUCUACGACUCCACCGGCAGCGUCGUCUUCCGGGUCGACAACUACGCGUCGGACCGCCCCCGAGAGACCCACCUCAUGGACCUCUCCGGCAACGUCCUCCUCACCAUCAAGACCAGCAGGAAACUGGGCAUCUUAGAGAGAUGGGAAGCCUUCAAAGGAGAUGGAGAUCGUGAAGAUGGAUCAGUGCAGAAAGCUAAGCCACUGUUUACAGCCACAAAGGGCCUGGUUGGAAACUCAAAGUACAAAAUCACUGUGAGUGGCACCCAGAUGGACUAUCUCAUCGCCUGCACUCGCGGCCAAGGCUGCUACAAGAUCUACCAUAGAAACUCCCUCACCAACCCACUUGCAGAGGUCAACCAGAAGUGUGUGAUUGAACCAAAAAUCACUUUGGGGAAAGAUGUCCUCAGUUUGUGCAUCCAACCGGGAAUCGACCAAGUGAUCGUGAUGGGACUCGUCAUCAUCAACCAUGCAAUGAGAUGAUCCAUUGCUUAGCUGAACACCCACUCAGGAUCAACAACUGCAUUGUUCUUCCUCCUGCAUUAGUCUAAUUCAUGUGUUCUCUUGAUCAAGCUUAACAUAUACUACCUCGGUGGAAAUUUUGUGGCCUAACUUUUGUGUUGGACAAGGAAGGCCAAACAUGAAACAUGUUUGUUUCGUUCUUCUUGCUA